AUGAUCGCAUACUAUGUUAUUGUAUACCAGCGAAGCCUCAAAGACGUCCUUCAUGCAGAAGUGAUGUCCAGAGUAGAAUAUCACACCGACCAUCAUCUAGUGCGCUGCAAACAUCGACUGCACUUCAAACCCAAAUCAAGGAAGGAAGGGCUCCCCAAGAAAAAGUUCAACCUGAUCAAGCUUCAAUGGAGGAAAUGUGUACCUCCAGAAUCAAUUGGAAAAAUCUCUUUCUUUGUAAGCAUAGAGGCUAAGAUCUUCCUUAUUUUAUCUCGAUUUUCUUUCUCUUCUCUCUCUCUCUCUCUUUCUCUCUCUCUCUCUUUGAGAUUAUUUUACCAAUUACACUAUAAUGUCUUCUUUGGCAUGAAGCAAGACUUAAAGAAAAAAGAAAAAUCACUUUCUUCUUUUUUAUUAAUCUUCUCCCUCGUUUUGCUUCUCUUUCAUUUUCUUCUUUCUCAAUUCUGA